AAUUCACAAGUCAGAAGUGUCACAAGUCACAACAUAUCAAAUAUCAAACAAAAUCAAAAUCUACUCACAUUCUUACACCAACAUCAAACAAACAUGAGACACUUUUACAUUUUGAAUUGUUUUCCUUCGUUUUGAGCUGAAAAAUAAAGAGAUGAGUAUGAGCAUCGAGGCAUCCUUGAUGCUUAGUAACCGAAAAAGCAAUUAAUGGUCAAUUCGAGGUUGAACAAUAUGCCUGAGAUAUGGAGUGGCUUUUGUAAAAUAGAAAAUUCAGAUAGAUCACCUGAAAAUAAUUAAAAAAAAAACACUUGUUGGUGGUCCCAUUGCAUUAUAAUAUGAAUUUCAGUUGGUUCACAAAUGUUCUUGUCCACCACCCUUUCAUUAUUUUGGCAGCUGUUGCAGUUUUUUCUGGAACAUGUAUUGUCAUCCCAUUUACUUUAAAAUCCAUCACAUUUCCAAGCUUUCAGGAUCCACAGUUGGGCUUUUCUACAAGAGGUACCAUAAUUUCAAAUAGGUUAACUACUUGGUCAAAUUUAGUAAAGUCUAUGAGGCCUUCUGGUGAGUUGACCACAAACCCCAAAGAAUAUUCAUACCAUCCAAAUAAAAACAAUUCUCAGCAUCAACCAUCUAGGAAACCCAAGGCUAAGAAGUUGAAGAAACCAAAGAAACCAAAAGCACAACCAGUUUAUGGAAGUGUUACACUGAAUGAAGACAAGAAUACUAGUGAUGUUACAGUUGAGCAUGACAGAUGGAAGGCCCUUCAAAGUUUGACUCCUACUCUUAAUAAACAUUCUGAUGAUGCAGAUGAAAAUUUUUUCUGUGACAGUCCAGAACCACAGUAUGGUCAUUUGGUUGUAACAACACACAAUAAAAGAGAUUUAUUCAAUCUGAAUAAUAUGCUAGCAAUGUGCCGUUUAGAACACGAACUGAUAAAUAUAAAGUAUUACAAUGACCUCUGUAUUCAGAAUCCAUAUUUCAAUCGAAAAUGUUGCAAACCUUGGUCCCUGCCAAACUAUAUAGCAUUAUUCAACAAAAGGACUUCAUGUUUGGCAAUCACGGAAGAUGAUGUACAGAGAACUCGGAAAAUUUUAGUAAAAUGUGCUCAAUAUUUUCACGCAUUUCAACUCAAUUCAGAAUGUCUCAAAGGAACCCCUUAUUGUGAAGCCCCAAUAGAAUGUUUGAGGCAUGAUGCUGUGUUCAACAUCCUGUAUUAUUUGACCAGCACAAAUUUUCUUCCUCCAAAUAAUACUGACACAGCAACAGAGCUGAAAGAAGUGAUGAUUUUUUUACCACUAGCUUGCAGCACUGCUAUCAUACCAUAUUAUCAUGAACUGAUUGAGUUGAAUUUGGAAUAUGAUGGUAUGAAAGUGGUAGCAAUAGAUUUUGGAAUAAAGAGUGCACUGUUUGAUGAAUAUCUGAUAAGAGACACCUAUCUAAUGGGAUCUGGGGCACUUUUUGUCUUUGUCUGCAUAUGGGUUUAUACUGAAUCAUUGUUCCUCACUAUAAUGACAAUAAUUGUGAUUGUAUUCUCACUAGCUAUAUCUUAUUUUAUGUACAUUCUUGUUUUUGAGAUAAAAUUUUUUCCAUUCAUGAAUUUACUAGCUACUAUAGUAGCGAUAGGUAUUGGCUCCGAUGAUGCUUUCAUUUUUUGCAAAAUCUGGCAAAUGCAGAAGCAAGACCAAGGAUGUUCUUUGUUGAAGACAAUGACUGAUACCUUCCAUCAUGCAUUUAUGUCAAUGUUUGUAACUGCAUUGACCACUGCAGUUGCGUUUUUGGGGUCUUAUAUUAGUUCAGUCACUGCUGUCAGCUGCUUCAGUAUUUUUGCAGGAAUCGCUGUUAUAGCAAACUAUUUUUUGAUGAUGACUUGGUUCCCAGCCUGUAUAGUGAUCUGGGAAAGAUCCUGCUUCUCUAGUGAUACUCUCUUCAGAAGUUGUUUGAUGAUGUGUUACCAGAGAUGGUGCUGCAUCAAGCCCCAAUUGAAUUUGUCUGCUGUUUGGUGCCACUGUUCGGUUUUCAAUACUUUUUGGAAAGCAAAGGAGCAGUGGCUAUUAGAUAUCGUUGUACGUCUCAAAUACGUCUGGUUCUUACUGCUGACAGCUAUUGCUUUUUUAAGUGGCUAUAUCGUUUUUGUUUAUCCCAAGCUCCAGUUGCCAAAUACUAGCGAGUUUCAGCUAUUUGCUACGUCCCAUCCUUUUGAACAAUAUGACUUCAAAUACAAAAGUCACUUCUGGUUCAACCACCCUGAAAAGAUGCAACAAAACAACUACAAGCUUCCACUGAGAUUCGUAUGGGGAGUACUCCCCAUAGACAAUGGUGAUCACCUGGAUCCAUCAAAUUUGGGCACUCUGACCCUCGACCCGUCGUUCGACAUUGCCGAUCCCAAAUCUCAAGAGUGGCUGUUGAAUUUCUGCCGGAAAGUCAGACAGCAGCCCUUCUACCAUUCCAUGAUAGGACCUCUGCUCCCGAAUUGCUUUGUGGAAACCUUCAUGCAAUCUAUGGACAGGAAAUGUUACGAUGCUUUCAUGAACAAAGACAGGUCACCCUGUUGCGAGACGUCCAGAUUUCCUUACAAUCGAAGUGUAUUCAAUGAAUGCAUUAUCGACGAAAUCGCUGAUAUUUACGAUACCCCUUCAGAAUGGUUGAGCCCAGGCAUGGCUGGUCCCAAAUUCUCGAAAGACCAUAACCCGACAAUAAAAGCUGUUAUCAUAGAAUACGAUAGUAACUAUAGUUAUUCGAUGUCAUACGAUCAAAUGGACGAAUUUUUCACGAAAGUCGAAAGAUUUAUGACCGAGGAACUGAAAACCGCGCCCGACUCCCUCAAAAACGGCUGGUUCAUCAGCGAACUAGAAUUUUACGAUCUUCAAAGGGAACUGAGCGUAAGCACCGAGAUAGCAGUUGCGAUCUCGAUGGGCCUGGCCCUAGCAGUAUUAUUUUUUGCGACCUUGAACGUCCUCACUAGUUUAUACGCAAUCAUAACGAUAACUAGCAGUAUUUUCGUGACCAUGGCAGUAUUAGUAAUGUUAGGCUGGAAGCUGAAUAUCCUCGAAUCGACCGCAGUCUCCACGGCUAUAGGCCUAACGGUGGACUUCAGUUUGCACUAUUCCGUCAACUACCGCUUGUGUCCUGAAGCCGUGGCUGUGAACAGAGAAGCAGCGACCCGACACGCUCUCAGUUACAUGGCGGGGCCCGCUUUCAUGGCGGCGGUCACCACCGGGGCGGCGGGGGCCUUCAUGUUGCCAUCCUUGAUCCUUCCCUAUAUACAAUUAGGGAUUUUUCUGGUGCUAGUCAUGGGCAUCAGCUGGAUCUAUGCCACCUUCUUGUUGGGCUCACUGUUGGCUAUCGCGGGGCCCAGCAAGAAUUGCGGACAGUUCCAGUAUGCGUCGCUUGUUUGUUGCUCCAAGCCGAAGCGGAUGCCAGAUAGGCCUCCUCGGCCUUUGGCAGCGGCGCCUGACGGUCAUGAGUUGGAGUCUCUGACGUUCUCGAAGAGGGAGAGGAAUUCUCCUAAGUCUUUGAGAAGGUCGCUGAGUUCGGGUGGGGGGCGCUUUACACCUAGCAAAUAUGUAUUCACUGAUCAGUCUCCAUCUGCAACCAGUGCUAUAACUAUCAUUAUGGCUGAUGACAAUUAAAUGUAAACCGUUAGGACUAAAUGUUCUGUGAUACGUAUGUUUCCUUUUUUUUUUAAAGUGCACGUUGUUGUUUUCCUGUUAUGUUCACCGGAUAUUUUAUGUUGUUUACGGAAAAUUUAUUGAUGGUUAUCAAUUAGCAGCUCCUAAUGUCUUUUCAUAAGAAACUUAUCUCCAGAAUUUACAUAGGUACAUUUUCUUUGUAUGACAAAAGACAAAUUGGUGCCAAAUAGAUAGAUCAUUGUACUCAAGUAUCGCUGAAGUGAACUCAUAUUUUACAAUUGGUGAAAUGAGGUUCUCAUGUGAUAUAAAAAAAAAACAAUGUCCGAGUUCUGACAAACGUUUUAUUCGAAUUCUCUUGAUGAAUAAGCCACUAAGCUUAGUAGACUAGUAUUUUUCACGUUUUGACUACUGCGUGUUCGAUGAACCCAUCUUAUAAAACACUGCCUAAAACACGUCGAAAAUACUGGCCUAGAUCUGACAUCACCUAGUAAAAAAGUUAUGAUUUUGUUGUAACUCGUUUUUAACCUCCGUUGAUCUCUUUCCGUUUCAUGCUUAAUCUUUUCUUAAAUAUAUUGACUUGAAUGUGAUGGAAGUUAGUAUUCUUGUUACAAAAAACUAGAGUUCAUGUAGUCCGAAUUAUAUCAAUGUUAAAUGUUCAGAGAGAACAAAUCCCGUGGACUGCGGAUGACAUAGUAUAGCUCUGUAUAUCAGAUGUAUUUUUUAUUUUUUUAUACAGACCUGUUUCUAAAUUAAUUUUUCGUUAAUAAAGAUGUUUUUUC